AAGCUAGUCACAAAAUGACUGAGGCUUAAUAUGGGGUCAAACUCCCGACUGCUGGUAAACAGAAAGCUGCUAUUUCGUUAUCAUAUUAGCUUCAAUGCUGCUGAUUCAACUCGUCCAUUCAUCCGAAUAAUGAACUAAUUUUUUACUGCACUCUAAGAUUUGAUUUCUUUACGUAGCUGUGCCCUGUCAAUAUCCAGUUUAUUGUAAUAUCAAUAAUGACUCGUGGAUUGCAUGCUGGAAUGUACAGUUGUUUAGUUCUCUUCCUGCUAGUUAAAUCUUCAGACGCAGCAGUUCGAUUCACCAAGCAGCCUGGCAGCAAAUUAUAUGUCCUGAAAGGACAUACUGCUAAGUUUACAUGGGACUACCAUGUUGACAAUAUUAACAUAGAGUUCGAUUCACAAUCACCAAGAUGGUAUUACCAUAAUGACAGUUAUGUGAUUGGGUAUGGCGACGCAUUUCUUAAUUGGAAAUUCAUCAUUGAUACAAGUACUUGUCCAGCUCGAUUACUAACACCUACAAUACGAGUGAGUGUGGAGGGUAAAGCUACUUUGGUCAUCACAAAUGUAACUUUGGCUGAUUCUGGUACAUAUGGAUGCAGACUGGUUUUAUCCAGUGGUCUUCCAAUCUCGAUGCCAACAAGUCAAGCUCAACUAAUUGUUGAAGUGGCUCGAUUCACCAACGUUCCUGCCAAUAAACUGUACGUAGUGAAAGGUGAAACUGCGAAGUUUACAUGGGAAUACCAUGUCGAUAAUAUCAACACAGAGUUUGAUUCUCGAUCACCAAGAUGGUAUUUUCAUAGCCUCAGUUCUAUGAUUGGAUAUGCCGACGCAUUUGAUGGGCGUAAGUUUAGGAUAGAUCGCACCUGUCCAGCUCGUUUACGAACACCUACAGUACGAGUGAGUGUGGAGGAUAAAGCUACUUUGGUCAUCAAAAAUGUAACCAUGGUUGAUUCUGGUACAUAUGGAUGCCUCCUGUUCUUACUCUCUGGCUAUUUACAUUCGAUGCCAACAAGUGAAGUAGAACUGAUAGUUACAGGUAAAUAA